UAAAGCAACAAAAACUAUUAUUACUGCCACAUAUCGACAUUUCAUGGGGGCUGACAUUGCGUCUCGUACUACGCGAGAUUUGAAUAAUUGAACUUCCUUUUCCGGUCUGUCGUAAAUAAGUGCAGCAAGAUGUUGAUGCCCAAGAAGAACAGAGUUACAAUUUUUGAAUAUCUUUUCAAAGAAGGUGUUCUUGUAGCUAAGAAAGAUUUUGGUGCCCCAAAGCAUCCAGAUAUUGAUGUUCCAAAUCUUCAAGUUAUUAAAGCAUUGACAUCUUUAAAAUCACAAGGAUAUGUCCGAGAACAAUUUGCUUGGCGUCAUUUUUACUGGUACUUGACAAAUGAAGGGAUUGAGUAUUUGAGGAAUUACCUCCACCUCCCAGCUGAGAUUGUACCAGCAACACUGAAAAGACAGACACGCCAAGAGGCACCAAGGCCAAGACCUAAAGGACCAGAUGGACCUUCUAGAGCUCCAGGUGGUGGUGCUGACCGUGCUGAAUACAGAAGAGCAGCUCCAGGUGGUGGUGAUGAUAAGAAGGCUGAUGUUGGAGCCCCAGCAGACGGCAAAUUCCAAUUUAGAGGUGGAUUUGGAAGAGGAAAGCCAUCACAAGCCCCACAGUAGUGACAUGGACAUUGAACAUUUUGGGGGGAAAUAAAAAAAAAAAAAAGAA